AUGGAGAAGUGCAGCCCCAUUGUCUUGUUUUUGCUCGUUAAACUUCUUCUACUACAACUACUUAUUCAAAGUAGUAAUUCUCAGCUUCUCCCCAUAGUCGAUGAAGUACUUGGACGCCAUGACACACAAGUGUACAUCAUUGAUGUCGAGAGACAUGAGCAGCACGAGCUUCUCAGCGACGGUGACCUUGAGAACUUUCACCGCUCCUUCCUACCAAACUCAACCCUUGAUUCCGGUGAGCCACGUCUGGUAUACUCUUACCGUCAUGUUCUCAGCGGCUUCGCCGCCCGCCUCACUCCUGGAGAACUGGAGGUUAUCAAGUCUAAACCCGGCUUUCUCUAUGCACAGCGCGACCGUCACUACGAGCUUGCGACAACAUAUACACCAAAAUAUCUCGGUUUAACCACAUAUAACGCAUGGGGAUCCUCUAUGAUGGGACAAGGUCUUAUCAUCGGCGUAAUCGACAGUGGCAUAAAGCCUACACAUCCUUCAUUCAAAGACACUAACAUGCCACCAAAGCCACCUAUUACAAAAUGGAAGGGUAAUUGUUCAUAUGCAGGUUUUCCAUGCAACAAUAAGAUCAUCGGAGCAAAGUCAUUUUUUGGAGGGACAUGGCCUUCCCCUGAAGACACCGACGGGCAUGGAACUCACGUAGCAAGCAUCGCAGCAGGCAACUUUGUCAAUGAUGCAAAUAUUCUAGGAAUGGCAAAGGCAUUGGUGAGGAGCAAACACCUUGACUGGACCCCAGCGGAGAUCAUAUCAGCGAUUGUGACAACCUCGAACGACUCAUGGACGGCUGCCGGAGAUCUCAUUGCCGACGAUAUCUCAUACAAAACAGCAGGGAUAUAUGCGACAGGGGCUGGUCAGGUGAACCCGAACAAGGCGAUGGACCCAGGCCUUGUUUUUGGGCUCACCUUAAACGACUAUAUUGGAUAUCUUUGUGGCCUUGGGUAUGAAGACUGGGAGGUUAUGGUGACACUGGGUAGAAAACAAAGUUGCAAAGGGGUUAAGCAUCUAACAGCGUCUGAACUUAAUUACCCAUCAAUUGCAGUCAAUUUGACAAGGUCAACGCCCAGUCAAACGGUGAGCAGGACUGUGAAGAAUGUGGGGGAUGCGAGGGAGGGCUACUCGGCUAAGAUUACCGAGCCGGUGGGGGUAACAAUUUAUCUCUCGACCUAUAAGCUUCAAUUCACGCGACUGGAUCAGGAGUUGAGCUACAACAUCAACUUUUCCUUGAAGGGUGCUUAUCCGAGCCAAGGGAGUGACAUGAUAAGAAGAGGUAAGAUUGUGUGGGAUUCAGGGAAGCAUGUGGUGACCACUCCAAUUGCUGUUUGUUUCUCAUAA